UUGAAACGUAUUGUGUGCACUCGAUGAUCACUAUAGGAAAGUCUAAUUUCACUACUGGAUACAGAAUUCAUGGAAUCUUAAAAACUGUUGUCUCCUUGUUGCCGGAGUGAGUUAGGUCCAAGAUUUUCAUGCGUGGGGCCCAAAAAACCUAAUACAUUAAAUUUUUUUUGAUGCACUUUCUACAUUUGUAUACAUAAACACUGGAAUCAUCCUUAAUUUCAUUCCCAAUCGCCUUUCAUAUGUGCAUAAAAUUCAUGUUUAAAAAACUCAAUGGAUAUAUUUGACAAUGCCUUGAUAAUUUUUGAAUGAUUGCAAAUUGAUAUCAGUUUGUAAUAUGACAUAACAUAUAAAAUCCAACAUGCAUGUUUGUAUCAUUCAUUAUAUAAUGGAACACCCAAGAUCAUACGCAUGUGUAUUGAGCUGCAUUAGGUUAUUUAUUAAAAUUUAUUACCAUCUGGUUACUUAUGAAAUACUAAACACAUAUUGUUCUAAACUUAUUUUUUCUCUUUUGAAAUCAUAAAAUAUAAGUUGCAACACAACCACAAUACCUUGCCAAAAGUUUAUAUGCCAUUUUCAUAUAUAUAAAUAUUGUACAGUUUACACAAGAAUGUAGCCUUAAUUCAACAUUUUUUGUUUUGCAAUUGAAUGUAAAGCCAUUUAUUUAAAUUAUUUAUUGAAUCAUUUGAUUAUAUAUAAUUACAUAGGAUUUCAAUAAUUAUUGUUUUAAUCUGGGAUAAGCUUUAUAUUGAUAUUACAUGAUUCAAAGUAUUUUCUCCAAUCUGACUAUUAUUGGAUAGAAAAUCAUAGUGCAUUUUUGAAUCCAUUAUAUAUAUGCAUCUGUUGAUGCAGCAAUUUGAGAAAUAAUCUCUCAUGAUAAGAUAAAUACAUUAUUAAUUGAUAUUUUUCAUAAAACUAAAUUAUUAGUUAUAUUUUAAAACAUAACUUUUUUUAUUGUGCAAUAUUGUAUACGCCUUGUUUUUCAUUCAUAUAUUUUCAUUACCAAUCUAGGAACUUAGAAUGGAUUAUUCUUUUGAUUCGUUAUAUUUUGUGGGAGCAUUGACUUUGUUUAUUACCCUUGGAAAGUUUGCAUACAGCUUGAUCAAAUUCUUCAAUAUUUAUUACACUGCCACCACAAUUGACUUCAAGAGUUUUGGUAAGUGGGCACUUGUUACUGGUUCUACAGAUGGAAUUGGUAAAGGCAUUGCAUAUGAACUGGCGAAGAGAAAAUUAAAUGUUGUAUUAGUCAGUCGAAAUCCCGAAAAAUUAAAUAACGUUGCUGAUGACAUUGAGUCAAAAUUUAGUGUGCAAACGAAAUGUAUUGCUUUUGAUUUCUCUCGUCCUGAUGAUGUGAAAAAUGGAGAUAGUACAUCAUCCAUUUAUGAUGUCAUAAGUGAUGGAAUUAAGGAUCUAGAAAUUGGAAUCCUUGUGAAUAAUGUUGGUUUAGGUGCUUCUGGAGAGUUUCUAAACGCUUUCAGUAAAUCGGAGAAUAAAGACAUGAGCACUGGCAUUCCUAGAUUGAUUUAUUGUAACUGUUUAUCAAUUGCAAGAAUGACAGAGAUUGUUCUUCCGCAAAUGCUGAAGAGAAGAAAGGGCUUGAUUUUAAAUUUGGCUUCACUUGCUGCUGUAAGUCCAAUGCCCUUAAACGGGAUUUAUUCUGCAUCGAAAAAAUUUGAUGACACCUUCUCUAAAGCUUUGAUUUCUGAAUACAAAAAUAAAGGAAUUAUUAUUCAGAGCAUUCGUCCUGGUCCUGUCAAAACGAAUAUGACAUCUAGCAAAGGAAAGGAAGGUACUGCAUACUUUCCAACUUUUGAAACGUAUUCAUCCCAUAUAAUGGAUACUGUAGGAAAAGCUGAUGCAACUGCUGGAUACAGAAUUCAUGGAAUCCUCGAAUUUGUGAUCAAGAUUCUACCCGUGAAUUUAUAUGCAAAAAUUUUAAUACGACGGAGUCAGAAGAAUAAAUAAAUCACUGUAUUUCAAUUUUGUCAUGUGCAAAAUCUGUGCAUUUGUUUGGAAAAUCUUCAUCAAUUUUCAUUUAUCUGCAAUUUGUGAUUCAUUUUCAUUGGUCUAGCAAAGUGAUGUAUAUUGCCAAGUUCAUUUAAUGUUGGCCAAAAUGACCAAUGUAUGCUUAAUCAUUAUGAUUCGAUAUGAUCCGAUCUAUAGUGUUUUAUACAUUUCAGACAAUAAUUGUUGCACUUUUUAAGGAAUUCACGAACUGUCUGCGUGGCACACUGCAUUCAAAAUUAAAUUUUCAUGCUUCAUUGCGAUCCGUUUUCUCUCUCCCAGUGAUAUUUCCCCUGUGUGGCACCAGGUUCAUAAAUUAUUCCACAAAAAACAAUUAAGAACCUUCUCUCAAAUUUAAAAGAGUUCCAUCCUAGAUUAGGUUAAGCCAGGAUUCAAUAUUAAAUAAUAAGUGAGAGAAAAAGAAAAAAAGCGAAGGGUUUAUAAAUGAUAUGUCAAUCACAUCAAUCUCAAUAUCCAGAUGAUUUCACAGGGCAUUGGUUGAAAUAAAAAUUGAAUUUCCGAUAUUGUUGCAACAUGGAUUGUGAAAAUCGAUUUGAGCUCUAAUUGUCACAUAUUCUGACUUUUUGUUCAAAGUAUCUGGAGGAUUUAAAUUUAGUGAAUAAUUUGCUUGGUGUUCUAUUUACAAUUAAAAAAAUGUUUUUCAGCAAACUUAUUGAACUAUUGUGAGUUGAACUGUAGCAACUUCCUAUUGUGCGUUCCCAAUUUUCUGUUUGAGUUUUGAAAUGUUUAGCCUUAUUAAUUGUGUAUAAUUUAUUCAACUUUAAUUCAAUGCUAGCUUCAAUAUUUUAAAUUUUCCACUGUUAUAAUUAAAAUUCUUAUUUUUUCAG